AUGGAUGCCAAUGGUCAAUAUCGUUAUCUAGGAAAAUCAUCUGGUUUUUAUCUUUUACAAAAAAGUCGAACAUAUCAUCAUGGUGCUUUUCAUCUCUCAGCCUAUCAAAGAAAUUCCUCAAGAUCGAUAUCAUCUUCACCAUCUUUUCUUUCUCCCGUACCUCCAUGUCCUCCCAAUGUGGAUCCAUACGAACUUCCUUCCUCUGAAUUGUCAACAACUUUGAUCCGGUUAUACUUUCGAUAUUUUUAUCCUGUGCUUCCUAUCUUUUAUAAACAACAAUUGUCUUCUUCUAUGGAUGAUCCUGCCGAACCAAUAUCACCAUUAUUACUCAAUGCUAUCUAUGCCGUAGCUUCUCGUGUUUGUGAUGACAUUGAAAUCCGAUCUGAUCCUACUCGACCUGAAACUGCUGGUGAUAUCUUUUUUGAACGUGCAAAGUAUCUUUUGGACAGUCACUAUGAUAUACCCCGAGUAUCAACAGUGCAGGCGCUGUUACUUUUAGCAAGUCAUCAACAAGGAACAAUGAAAUCUGCUAGAGCUUGGCUUUAUAGUGGCAUGGCAUUCCGUAUGGCUCUUGAUCUUGGAUUGAAUAGAAAUUGUGAUCAUUGGCAAAUUCCAUCAGAUGAAAAAGAACGAAGAAAAAGGGUAUUCUGGUGUUGUUUUGUAGUAGAUCGUUUGGCAAGUGCAACUUUUGGACGAUCAUCUACAUUUGAAGAAAGUGAUUGUGAUACUCCGUUUCCAAUCAAUGAUGAUGAUGAACCUGUAUUUACUCCCAAUCCUACUCAACAUACUAUAUAUAUGAAACCUCCUGGUCCUUUGGUUGCUUUGUCUCAUUUAGUCAAGAUCUGUGAUAUCCUUGGUCACGUAUUGAAAAACAUUUAUUAUGCCAAAGCAUUACAACAUUCUGAUAUGCGACAUAUUAGUCAAAUCGUAUCUGUCCUAGCUGGACGUCUUGCACAUUGGUACAAGAAUUUACCCCCUUCUUUAAGGAUGGACAACUAUACUCAACAACAACAGGAUGUCACCUAUCCGGUUUGUGUUCCUCAAUUACAUAUGGUCUACCACACAGCCGUUAUUCUAUUACAUCGCCUCUUUAUCUCCAAUAAUCCAGCUGAUGCUUCACCAGAAUCUAUAUCAGAAUACAAUACCUGUGCCAUAUCAGCGACAGCCAUUAUGAAUAUUGCCAACUCUAUGCUCAAGAACAACACUCUCAAGUAUGUUUUUCACAGUGUAGUCUAUUUUAUAUUUACAUCAGGCAUCAUUUUUAUCAAUUCAGCUUCUUCCAACGAUGCAACAAAAUCAUUCGAUGCCAAGGUCAACAUCAACAACAUUAUGCGUCUUUUGGAUGAAUUAGAAAAAACAUGGCCUUCAGCAGCACGUUGUUCAACUAUUCUAGGUGAAUUAGCAGGAUUACGGGAACUCAAUUUACCUACAAGUGAAAACACCUUGCGACCUAUUGUUCAGAAAAGCAAUCAUUCAUCACCAAUGUCGUCACCAAGUGCAGCUGAAAUAAAUCUUGGACCAUCAACAGCAGCAUCAACAAUAACAACAACCUCAUCAUCAUCUGAAAUGGCCAAUAUCGAUAAAACGAAACGACGAAUUCCUGGGAUUGAUAGAAAACAAUGGAAUCAACAUAGUAUCAUGAUGGGUUCUUUAUCGGAUGAAAUUCGAUCUGGCACUAGUUUUAGCGACAGCUCACCUGAUCUAGGAUACAGAAUAUCAUCACCAAGGGACUUGCAACAGCAACAACAACAACAAUCAACGUACACCAAAGGAAACAUGGAUCCAUUUGCUGCACCUGACACUAUUCCAGUCCCUUCUCAACGACAGCAGUUCGACCUUUCGGGAGCGGCAUUUUGGGGCGUACCUCCUUCUUUGGAUUUGGAUGAAUGGAGUCAUUAUUUAGGA